UUUUAUACUUACAAAUACCGAACCUUCAAACCGAGCCUGCGUGGACGGUAUCGUGGAAAAUAAUUUUUACACCAAUGUAUAUAAAGAAUUAGUUUGUGUUAUUACAUUAUUUUGGGAAAUCACUCUUAAAAUUUCCAUUGAUAAACACCCAAAAAAAAAAACCAAAUAAAAAUAUUUUUUUUUAAAAUUUUUAAAAAGAAAAUAAAAAAGAAAAAAGAAGGGUGUGAAAAUUACAGUGGAUGUGGCUUCUCUCGAUCCUGAACCUCAACUCAAUGUCCAAUCCUCUCAUCUUCUCCCUUAACACCUCCUCCAUGUCUCCCUUUCUCAAACCCUAAUUCCCUUUCUCUUCUCUCUCCUCCGCAACUCAUUCAUCUUCAAUCAUUGUCGGCUUCACAUAUUUUCAUUCGAUUUCUUUAAAAAAUCAAAAUUUUGGUGUGAAAUGCUACACUGUGGAAUGUUUUAGAAUUGGUGGCAAUGGCGGCUGAUCAACGGAAAAGACGAUUGAGUUCUACUAAUACUGCGUUUGGUUAUGGGGUUCAGGAACAGUAUAAUAGGGCAAAAAAGAGGGAUUUGAGAUCGCCUAAAUAUGAUUUUAAUUUUAACACUCAUGUAUCCCUUAAAUGGGAUGAUAAUGGGAAGAGGGUUGUUGCGAAAGAGGAUCAAAUUGGGAUUUCUUGGAGGCAUUUGAGCCCUUUUAAUCCUUCUGCGCCUUGUAGUAAUACUAAGUUGGCCGAUGUCGUUGUCGUUCCGAAGGAUGUGUUUGAGUUGAAUGAUUUGGCUGAAGUUCUAUCAUAUGAGGUUUGGCAAUCUAUUUUAACAGAAAAGGAGAGAAAUUUCCUUAUGCAAUUCCUUCCUCCCGGAGUUGAAGCUGAUAAAGCUGUGCAAUCUUUGCUUUCCGGUGACAACUUCUGUUUUGGGAACCCUUUUAAAAAAUGGGGCACCUCACUUUGCUCUGGUGAUCUUCACCCUGAUACAAUUCUUCAACAUGAGAAGUUCUUUAAGACUAAUAAAAAAGCAUAUUAUUCCGAGCUGCAACAAUAUCAUGACAACAUGAUAAGGAAUUUGCAACACAUGAAGCAGAGAUGUGCAAGCUCAAAGGAUCCUGAAGCUGAAAUUCAACAGAUAAUGUCUAGACCACAAAGGUAUGAGCAGGGCAUGCUGCAUGAUGUGAAUGGACACAAAUUUCACAAAGCCGAUGAGAAUGUUGCUGCUAUGUCUGAAUCUCGGUCUUCAAUUGCAGAUGAGAAAAUAUAUUAUAGUGACAACCAAAAGUUGUCUGUUAUUAGAGACGCUGAAAUGCAGAAGAGGAUGCGCAAUCAGGACCUUAUGAAGGACAAACAUGAGAAGAUGAUGGUGCCUCCUAAUGCUUUGUCAAAACCUAAGAAAGCAGAAAAAUCGCAAAAGCCCCACUUGAUCCCCAAUGAUGGUGCCAAAUAUAUGUCUUAUGUGAAGAUUAGCAAGAAGCAGCAUGAACUUGUUAAGAGUAUGAGGCAGUCUGGUGCUAGUAUUCAAUCCAAGGCUCUUAAUCGUUUGCUAGGUGGCCUUGAUAGUUCCAAUGUAAAACCAUAUGAGAUGUUUGUGGAAGAAGAGCAGAAGCGAAUCCAUGAGUACUGGUUAAAUCUGGCAAAUAAAGAUCUUCCAACUGCUUUACAAAGCUGGAGAAAUAGACAACUAGAGAAGAGGAAAAUUAUGGAUUCUUUAUGGCUAGAAAUGAAAGAGAAACUGGGGGUACAAUCUAAGGAUGAGAAUUUAGCUAAUCCUUACGAUGAGGAUCCUGCUCAAGAUGAGGAUGGGGAAACUUUUCAAGAGACUUCAGAGGACCACCAACAUGAUGAGUCAGCGACUCAGCAUUCUAUGUCAGAUGAUAACAAUGAGGCCUCUAAUCCAUGCUCUAUAAAGGAUGGGUCUCCAUUGCAUAAUCCUCCUUCAAAUGUCAACGAAGAGUUUGAUCCAUCCUCUUCCAUGGACACUCAAUCAUUGCAGAAUCCUCCUGUAAAUGUUAAAGAAGAGAUUGAUCCAUCUGUGGAGACUCAAUCAUUGCAGAAUCCCCCUCUAAAUGUUAAAGAAGAGAUUGAUCCAUCUUCUGCGGAGACUAAAUCAUUGCAGAAUCCUCCUCUAAAUGUUAAUGAACAGAGUGAUCCAUCUGCUUCCAUGGAGGCUCAAUCAUUGCAGAAUCCUCCACUAAAUGUCAAUAAACAGUUUGAUCCUUCUGUCUCUAUGGAGGAUAAACCUUUGCAGCAGCGUCCUUUAAAUGUCAACGAGGACCUUGAUCCAUCCUGGAUGAAGAAUCAAUCUUUGCUGAAUCCUACUUUAAAAGCCAAGGAGUGUUUUGAUCCGUCUUCAGUAGAGAAUAAAUCUUCAUCGGAGGAUUCUCCUUUAAACAACAAUGAGUAUUAUACUCCUAUGGAUUUGAAUGCAGAAAAUAAUUCUGUUGCUUCUGGAACAAAUGACACACGUUCCAUGCCUCGUGUUGCUCAGCCAUCUGAAGCACCUUUCACCAUAUUAAACCUUGACACUCAUAACAAUUCUGCUACUGGUUCAAACGCUGGGGAAAUCCCUGGCUCAUCACUCAAGAACAUGUGGUCUUCAAUCGGAUUGCCUGAAUCUUAUCAUGCUCAUCCAACUAGUUUGCAUGCUAGUUCUGGUGGACUCACUACUCUACAUGCUAGCUCUGGUGGGCUCACUACUCUACAUGCUAGCUCUGGUGGGCUCUGUCUUAGGCAUCCAGAAGUAGUUGCAGGUCAGCCAACCCAUUUGAUUGAUCUGGAAUCUGCAAUGCCUGAAGAUGACACAACAAAGGACCUCUUGAACAGGCAUACAAGUCAUGUGCCUUUUUUCAAUCCUUAUCAAAAUAGGGAUAGAAAUGAGCUGCUGCAUUCUCUAAUUAAGCGUGAGAAUUUUCAUCAGGAACAAAAAAAGCCUGUCUCUGAGUUUCGUCCAACUAAUAUUUCCAUGGAGCCUGCUGUUCAGUUCCCGAGCCAUAUGCAUUUGCCGCCACCAUUUGCAUUGGAUCAUCAUAGACAGAAAGCACAGAGUGAGCUAUAUAUCCAUGAGAACAUUCAGGAUAGCAUUUACUCGGACAACAGUAGGUAUUCUAUUCCAGCGCCAGAAAACUUUUCAUCCCUGAAUGUGAGAGACUGGAAUAAUCCCCGUAUUUCUAACCCUAUUCAGCCUCAGUUGAGUUCUGGAGAAUUGUUGAAUCAUAACUGGUUUCCUACCGAAAACAGAGCUCAUGGUGGUUGGUCCACGUCGGGUGCUACGGUUUUUCCAACCCUCCCUACCCCAAGUCUUGGAAGUGUAAGCAGUUGUGACCAAAGCCUUUACAGUGUACUCUCACAGUGCAAUAUGCGUUCUCGGGGUCCGUACAACCCUGUGGGCUCUACCGAACAAAUGAUCCCACCAACGAAUUACGGACAAGAGCUGGCUGGGGUAAUACCCAUGACAAGCAAUACUUUGCCUCAAACAGUCUCUCCAUUUGACUACUUGAGUGGUGGUGAAGCGUCCACUACCUUGAAGAAUCCCAGCAUGGGGUGGAUGAGCUUGGGGAAUCAACCUUCAUCGUUACAUGAUCCUUCUGGAAAGCCAUUCGUGAAAUCUUGGAAUCAAUGAGUAGUCUCUAUGGACUCCGUGUUGGGAAUAGUAACCGAGCCUCCAUGAAACUUGAAGUAUGGAGGGGAGAGAUGCAUAAGUGGAGUUUUGGCCAAAUCAUGAGGAGAGAUAGGAUCGUAGGCACGUUGUACAUACCUAUACAACAGCUGAGACCCACACCAUGUAUAUAUAGCUAGUUGUUAGUAGUAGGAAUGGGAACAUCUUGGAAUGCUAAUUCAUCCAAGGAAAAUAUGUUACAACAGGCGAUUUCUUGUAUUUUUAUCCUGAUUUCUAUGUGGGAAAUCUGGGUUCCUCAUCUUUUUUAUGGUUAGAGGUCUGUUCCGGCGUUGAGAGGUAUUUUCGAGCCUAGAUUUUGUGUACGAAGGUGGAUAUUGCUCUCCAUGCAUUUGUUGAUCAAUUCUGUAGUCUAAAUUAUGGCUUUUUACUUUUUAGUCACCAAAAAUAAAUUUCUAGCCUCUCCAGCUGAUGUCCUUGA